AUGUCUGGCCCUACCAUCAAUGGAAAUGCUUUCUCCGUCUCGUCCCUCCCGGAUGGCCCUGAGCAGCCUGGCGGGGAUGAGAUGAGAGUCAAUCAUCUCCCCGAGAACACUAAUUAUAUCGUUCUCGAAACCCAAGACCCUCUCAAGAGGCCUGAGAAAAGAACCCUCCAAGAUCUCCACGUCGAGCUACAUGAAUAUCUCGGCGGCAACACUUGGCUCUGCCGCUAUGAGCCCACGGACAUCAAGUCCCUGCGCGACCUUGCUUUCGUCAAGGAUGCGAAGCCCCUGCAGCCAGAGCUAAAGCUCCAGCCAGCUCUUAAGGAUGGUGCGGCUGAAAGCCGUACUGUUGAUAUCGUCCUUCAGAAUCGUGCGGAUGACUCUGCUGAGGAUAUCUCCCAGCGCAUUCAAGAUUCUCUUGGCAUCUCACCUGAGGAUAUCACUAUCAGAGAUGGUGCCUCUGUCAUUCGUCUGACUGGCAACAAUGACAAGCUGCAAGAGAUCGCCAAGAUUGACAGUGUUGGGUCUAUUCAAGAGGUACACAAGCUCACCUUCUUCAACAAUGUUGCACGUGAGAUCCUUCAUGCCGACGUCAGUGGAUCCAACACCGUCUUCAAAGGAGCCAAUCAGAUAGUCACCGUCGCUGACACUGGCUUUGACACUGGGGAUGAGAACAAGACCCAUGACGCCUUCACCGGUCGUGUCAAGAAGCUCAUCCCCAUUGGCAGGUCAGACAAGACCAACGACCCCGAUGGGCAUGGCACACAUGUUUGCGGGUCUGUCCUUGGUGACGGCCACUCUGAAAAGAUGGGCGGUUCAAUCCAAGGCACUGCACCAAAGGCGACUCUCAUUGUCCAAUCUCUCUUGGACAGACGCGGUGGCCUCUUCGGUCGAUCUGAGAAGACUCUCGGCGAUCUACUCAAAGAGGCGCUCGAUCACCAGUCUUUCAUCCAUACCAACUCCUGGGGCCCCGUCUGGGCUCGUCAACUUGAGUACAACAACGCAAGCACAGACCUCGACACUUUCGUUUCUAAUCAUCAAGAUAUGACAGUUUGCUUCGCUGCUGGUAACGACGGUGGCGAGGAGACUGAUCUUGGCCACAUUGGCGCACAAGCAGCGGCCAAGAACUGCAUUGCUGUUGGGUCAAGCGAUAACCGUCGCAAAGCCAAGAACAACCGCUUCGACGCCUUCAAGGCCGAUGGAGUUGUUGAAGGUAACCCCAACAGCAUCUCUUGGUUUAGUAGUCGGGGGCCUACGCUCGAGCGUCGCAUCAAGCCUGAUGUCGUUGCGCCAGGUACCAUGAUUCUGUCGGCAAUGUCGAGAGUUGCGCAGCCAAAUGCCACGUACGGUCGUUCAAGUGACCCUGCUUGGACGUUUAGUUCGGGCACUAGCAUGGCUACUCCGCUUGUCGCAGGUUGUGUUGCUGUCCUUCGAGAGUCACUGCAGAAGGAUGGAGUCACUUCCCCAAGCGCCGCGUUGCUCAAAGCCUUGCUUGUCAACGGCGCUGUGGACACGGGCAACAGUUUUGAAGCCCAGGGUCUCGGCCGUGUUGAUCUCGCCAACUCCGUCAUUCUCAAUGGUAUCACUACCAACAAAGGCUACUUGGAGGCUGAGGUCCUUGACGAGGAUGACCAAGACGAGUUCACCAAGACACUCACCCUAGGAGACCUUCUUAUGCCUGAUGGGCCAGACUCGGAGACUGUUACGUUGAAGGUCACUAUGGUGUACUCCGAUCUUCCAGGUGCCGCUUUGCAGAACAACAUCAAUCUCCAGGUUGCUGUUGGUGAUGCACCGAGCAGAUUUGGAAACUUGGGCGAUAGACCUGAUGAUGUCAACAACGUGGAGCAGGUUAUUUGGAGUGGCAUUCCUGCUGAGAGGGACACCAAGAUCACGCUUAGUGUCACUGCACCGAGGACUAUGUGUGGGGACAAGCAAGCUUUUGCUCUGGUUUGGAGUGUGAUUUAA